AUCGGAACACCAAUAAAAACGAAUGAAAGACCAAUAAUAGGUGUUCUUGCCCAGGAAGUGUAUAACCCGCCGCCUCAUAUAAACUCAUAUAUUGCAGCGUCCUACGUUAAGUUUCUGGAAUCUGCUGGCGCUCGUGUUGUGCCUCUGAUGUAAGAUAAAACACUAUAAAUAAACUGCCUUCACUGUAAACAUUCAGGGUUUAUUGAUCUAAAAUGAGAAACAGUGUUGUUUCUCCUUCUCCGCUUGCACCACAAACAUCGAGUUCGCAGUGGCUUUCUAGCGCUUUACACUGAGCAGUGUAUACCAUAGACAUAAUAAAUACAUAGACGCCUCAUUGGCCGCUCGACCGCACGUCAACGGCGCCGCCAUAUUGGUGCGGGCAACUCUCCAUAAAUCUCAUACCGGGACAGAAGAAAACAUACCUGACUCAGCGGCAGCUUGGGCAUCUACAGACCGUCGCACAUUAAUAACAACAGAUCUCGGGGUAUUAUCUUUCACAGCCAACUGCAAACAGGACAAAGCAAGCCUUAAGGAAAGCUGAAGAAAGCAUGUUUCCUGCAUUUCCUAGAGACUAGGCUACACCUCCACAGCCUAAUGUUGUAUUUGUACUCGUUAAAACCCAGAACAGCCCUGAAUGAAUGGCCAGAAUGACCCUGAUCAUAUUCAAACCUCUCUCUCUCCCCGAAACAGACUUCCAGGAGCAUUUUUUAACCUUUUCUUGCCCUCACAAACAUGGCGGACGUGUUGACGUAUCGCAGCAACGGACCGAAGCGGCCAAUGAGGCGUCUAGGAUAAAUAAGUCUGAUGAUGAGUACAGAAGGCUCUUCAAAUCCAUAAAUGGAGUCCUUUUUCCUGGAGGUGGAGUCAGUUUAGAAUCAUCCGGCUAUUCCAAAGCAGCUGGCAUUUUCUACAGACUUGCUCUUGAGGCCAAUUCAAAAGGUGAUUAUUUCCCUGUAUGGGGAACCUGUUUAGGAUUUGAACUUCUCACAUUGCUGACAAGUGGGAAGCUGCUGUUGUCCCACACCAACACUAGUGGUAUUGCCUUGCCACUGAACUUCACAGAUGAUGUUAGAGACAGUAGACUGUUCAAAGACUUCCCUGAAGACCUUAUGAAAUCACUGGAAACAGAACCACUCACAGAGAACUCUCAUCAGUGGAGUCUUACUACAAAGAACUUUACCAAGAGUGAGACCCUGAAAAAGUUCUACAGAGUUUUGAGCACCAAUACAGAUGGACAAAAUGAGUUUGUGUCCACAAUGGAAGCAUAUGAUUUCCCCAUCUAUGCUACUCAGUGGCAUCCAGAGAAAAAUGCUUUUGAAUGGACCCGUCACUAUAUUCCCCACACGCCUACAGCCAUUAAGACCACAUUCUACAUGGCUUACUUUUUUGUGAAUGAAGCUAGGAAAAGUUUUCACAGCUUUCCUAGUACAGAGGAAGAGGAAAAGGCUUUGAUCUACAACUACAAACCUGAAUGCACUGGACCUCAAAGUGCAUUUGAACAGAUCUAUUUUUUUGAUUAAAUGAAUUCUUUA